GUUCCAUAUAGCAUUUAAGACAAUGCAUUCGUCUAUCAUAUUUAUUUGUUUAUUGUUAGCUUCUAAUGUUACAUCUCAAGACUGCGGCUGCGGUUUACUUCACACAAACCUUCCACUGCCCAUAAAAAACCUUUUAUCCGGCUCAAUUCCAAUCCCAGUCCCACCAUGCGGCUGCCUCAAGUCAUGUGGCUGUCCAGAACUAUACGGCCUCCUCCCCCCCACUGUGCCCCCUUGUGGGUGCUUCAACCCCGCAAUUGGUAUACCUAACCCCGUGAUUCCAGUCCAAACUUGCGGCUGCAUGAAUGCUUUCGGAGCGUGUACCUGCGGCGCUCCUGUUAUUGGAAAUCUUUGCGGACGUAAUACGCCUACAGUUGGGAUAUCAACAACUUGUGGAGGCAGCGACCCUAAUGUGAGGAUUGUCGAUGGUUGCCCACGAUGCCAACCUGUGUAUAGUUACAAUCUGCCUUCGAUCGGGUAUCCUACAUGCGGUUGUACUGAGUUUGGUGGUGUUGUAGCGCCUAGUAUUCUACCGCCUUGUGGGUGCGCAGGGUGCGGUUGCGGGGCCCCUCUCGUUCCUUUUGGGGUUUAUGGUUGCGCUGCUCCAUCCUGUAGUUGUGGUGGGUGUGGAUGCGGUUGCAUCGGCCCUUGCGGUUGCGCUCCCGUAAACGCAUGCGGUUGCGUAGAGGUACCUUGCGGUUUGCCUAAAGUUAAGACUACUUGCACUUGCGUAACCCCAACUAUUGAAACCCCCUACGGCUGCGCCCAAGGCGAACCCACCUGUGCUUGUGCUUCCACAUUGGAGCUUCCCACUUGUGGGCUCCCAGUUGUGCCUCCUUUCUCACCAGUUAUUGGGUGCUCCAGGUACUUACGGCAGGUGUGCGUGCAGCCUCCAUUUUUGUAGUUAAGUUAGAUUAAGUGAUAAAUUAU